AUGGUACUACUAACGGCACCACUACCUCUAUACUACGCCACGGCAGCGACGGCCGUUGUUCUAGCACUACCGUCAACCGUAGCCAGCGAGACAGGUGGAGCUGUUUUGACAGCACUGAAUCACACGUUAGCGACAACGUCAUCGACCCUUUUCGAUACCGGAGUGUUGACAGACGUCGAUGAAGGGAGCAACGGUGGCCAUCAUCAUCUGUCCCGUGCGGUGAGCCCCGACCGGGUUGCCAGCAUCACCAACAUCGAACCAUCGUCAAACGCAGCGAUUCUGGCAGGAUUCGAGUCGCCGGCAGCUUUCGUUGACAGCAGUAACGUCAGUGUGGAGGUUGUGACCGGUGCGACUGACGUGCCCACGGUGGACAAUGAUCGGUUUUCGCUGCUCGAUCGCGACCCACUGGAGAGUGCGAUUGGUGUAGCUAACCGAUCCCUAAUCAGCACCGUCUCUUCAGCGGUCGGGUUCGAUCAGGGCAUCGAGGAUUUAGUGUGGCCUGUGGAUAACCUCUUCUCGAGCACCGGAACGCCACCGGAUCCGACCGCACGCCAGCUAGAAAGUCUCUCGCGCGCGAUGGAGGAACACUUUCUCGUCGCCAACUGGCAGGACUGCGUCGUUGUGAUACUGUUCUGCCUGCUGAUCGUGGUGACCGUGAUCGGUAACACGCUCGUCAUCCUGUCGGUCAUCACGACGCGCCGUCUGCGUACCGUCACCAACUGCUUCGUAAUGAGCCUGGCCGUGGCCGACUGGCUCGUCGGUAUCUUCGUGAUGCCACCGGCCGUAGCCGUACAUCUGAUGGGCUCCUGGCAGCUCGGUUGGAUUCUGUGUGAUAUAUGGAUCUCAUUAGACGUACUACUCUGUACAGCAUCAAUUCUUAGCCUUUGUGCCAUUAGUAUAGAUAGAUAUCUAGCCGUAACGCAACCAUUGAACUAUUCCCGUCGACGGCGCUCGAAGCGGUUGGCCCUGCUGAUGAUCUUGGUCGUGUGGGUCCUGGCCCUAGCCAUCACGUGUCCCCCGAUUCUCGGAUGGUACGAACCGGGUCGGCGUGAGCUGGACCAGUGCCGAUACAACCAGAACGAGGGCUACGUCGUCUUCUCCGCCAUGGGGUCCUUCUUCAUCCCGAUGACGGUGAUGGUGUACGUUUACCUACGGAUAUCGUGCGUCGUCGCCUCUCGGCACGACAAGAUGACGGAGAUCGAAGUCCACAAGAAAAGUCACCGCAUUCGGGAGCCCGAGGAGGAUGGGUACCAGUCCGAGCAAGAUCCGAUUCCACUGAGCCCGAAGCGAAAGCGUUCCUCGUCGCAGCUGUCGACGGGUACGACCACCUACGUGGCCCAGGUUGGGCCCGGUUCGAUGCUGGACGAUAGCGGCCCGAAGGCGGUGGGGGCGGCCAAGCGGAACCAUAAGAACGGUCACUACGAGCUGGUGGACAUGAAUUCAACGGUCGGUGGUGGCAUCGUAGUCGGCGGUGGAAAAACCACAAUCCUUUCAGGAGCACUCGAGGGCGCCGCCUACGAGGUGGGUGCGGACGAGGGUGAGGCUGUCGAGCCACCGGUAUGUGCCGAUCCCGGUCAGCCAGGUGCUGGAAGUGGUCCCGAGGCGUGCUACAGCAAGCUGCCCUCAGCGGACGACCGCUGGCCGUCAGGCAAUAGCAUUUUCAAUCAACAAACCCACAAACCACAAUCCCAUUCCGGUGGUUCCAGCGCAACCAGCGCCGGCACCGGCGGGAACGUUUCCCAACAGGGACAGCAGCACUUCCACCAUCACCACCAUCACCAUCACCAUCACCAUCACCACCAUCACCCGGGCGGGGGCACGACGGGAGUGCCGGUGGCGGCCGUGGCUGCGACAACCGGUGGUGGUGGUGGCCUUCGACGGAACAACACCAUCAACACGUCUACGGGCAGCUCGGUGCAGCUGGUCGGGGGGCGGGUGAACGCGGGCGGCGGUAACAACAUCCGCGUGCACCAAAAGUCCCUGUCGUCCCGCAUCUCGUCGAUGAAGCGCGAGAACAAGACGACCCAAACGCUCAGCAUCGUCGUCGGCGGGUUCAUCGCCUGCUGGCUGCCGUUUUUCAUCAACUACAUCAUCACACCGUUCCUGCCGAAGGGCUGGUCCGUGCCGGAGCUGGGCGAGUUCUUCACCUGGCUCGGCUGGAUCAACUCAGCCAUCAACCCGUUCAUCUACGCGUUCUACAGUGUCGACUUCCGGGCGGCCUUCUGGCGGCUCACGCUGCGCCGCUUCUUCCGCAACAGCGAGAAGGCCCCGUUCGCCAACAUUCACAACCUCUCGAUGCGCCGAUGAGCCAUGGGUGAGGAACUCGGCCACCGGGGCGUACUAGCUUAAGAGUCACCACCUUUUAAGGGCCAAUGCUUCGUUGCGCUCCGACAUCGAAAUCGACGAUGAUGUGCUUACCUUGCCGAACCUACGCUCGAAUGAAUUCGAAUUUUCCCGAAAUGAAAUUCGGCUCGUUUGGGUGCGGAGCAGGCGACUUAUAUCGUGCAUAAGGUGUGGCCGUUUUAGCACGAAAGACGUUCUAGAAUCUAGAACGCAGAUACACCUAUUCCACCCAACGCUCUCCUACUCUGGCUGCGUUGGUCAAAUGGGCAAUGACCAAAACGGUUCAAGGAGACGCGUUCUGGUGGGAAAACUUUCAAUUUGGUCGAUUUUAUCUAUUUCUCGGUGUUAUUUUGUUAUUGUUUUAUUUCUUUUUAUCGCUGAAAAUUUAAGAUUGUUAAAUGAAUAGGAGAGGUUUUAUCAUUCGAUUUAGGUAUUUGUCGUUUUUGUUAGAUUUUGUUGUUAAGGUUAAUUUUUAAAUUUCACUUCUCAUUUAUCACUUU